AGAUUUUAAAUUUUCAAAAACAUAAAAUUGGAUCCGGUAGGAAACCAAUCAGCCCCUUAUUUAUAUAUAUAUAUAUUUAUAUAGUGCCUGUUGCAGCUUUUUUCUUUAUUCAAAAAAAGAAAAAGAGGGGAGAGCAAAAAUGGCUGGGUACAGAGCCGAGGAUGAUUACGAUUACCUCUUCAAGGUGGUUCUCAUCGGCGACUCUGGUGUGGGCAAGUCCAACUUGCUCUCCAGGUUCACCAAGAAUGAGUUCAGCCUCGAGUCCAAGUCCACCAUUGGAGUCGAAUUCGCUACUCGGAGUUUAACCGUCGAUGCCAAAGUCAUCAAGGCCCAGAUUUGGGACACUGCUGGCCAAGAAAGGUAUCGGGCUAUAACAAGUGCUUACUACCGAGGAGCUGUUGGGGCACUUCUAGUAUACGAUGUCACUCGGCAUUCCACAUUUGAAAGCGUAGAAAGGUGGCUGAGAGAGCUGAGAGAUCAUACGGACCCCAACAUUGUUGUCAUGCUCGUUGGCAACAAAUCUGAUCUUCGUCACCUUGUGGCUGUCUCCACUGAGGAUGGCACAUCCUUUGCAGAAAAGGAAUCUCUCUACUUCAUGGAAACUUCUGCACUCGAAGCAACCAAUGUGGACAAUGCAUUCUCGGAAGUCCUCACUCAGAUUUAUCACAUAGUAAGCAAGAAAGCCAUGGAAACUAACAACGAUGGAGCUGCUGCUGCUGCCAUUCCUUCCAAAGGAGAGAAAAUCGAUGUCAGCAAAGAUGUUUCAGCUGUGAAGAAAGGUGGUUGUUGUUUGAGCUAGGUCUUGAAAAACCCAGAUUAGAUAAUCAUGUGGCCAGUUAUUGUUGCCGAAUAGAAUUCUUUGUACACCAUUAUGGUUGUGUUGGAAGUCUUCAAUAGGAGAGAGUUAGACGGGCACUGAUUUUUAUUGUGAUUCCAUUUUUCAUUUGAAAUUGCGGAGUACCAAUACUUGAUUCAACAGAUGACAGAGAGCUUGUUUAGGAACAAGUUGUUAAGCCAUUGCGAUCUCCUCUUACAUGAUAUUUAUUGUUGUACGAAAUAUUUGUAGUUUGAAAUGAUAUUGUCAGACCUAUUUUUCAAAAUAUAAAGUUAGUUUGGCAGAUCUUAA